AUGGAGAAGGAACAGUUCAGGGGUCCUGAGAAUCCAAUAACCGGUGAUCUGAUGAUUUUGAAAACCGCUUUUCAUCGCUCUCAGACUCUGAGUUACAAGAACGGGUUUGCCUUUAAGCGGCUGCCGACGGUGGGGAUAGGACGAGAGCGGCUUCACGUCAACCAGCUGUCCCAGGCCGAAUUAGAUGAGUUGUCCAACAAGCGACCCACCCUCACCUAUGGGCAGCCCAAGCAAGCCCCGCCUUCGGACUUCAUCCCAGCACAUGUGGCCUUCGACAAAAAGGUGCUGAAGUUCAACGGUUACUUCCAAGAAGAUGUCCCCAUAUCGAUCGAAGAGCAUUUCCGUAUCCGGCAAGUGGGCAUUUAUUAUUACCUCGAAGACGACACCAUGUCUGUCAUGGAGCCCAUCGUGGAAAACUCGGGGAUUCCUCAGGGCAAGUUCAUCAAGCGGCAGCGCCUGCCCAAGAACGACCGUGGGGACCAUUACCACUGGAAAGACCUCAACCGAAGCAUCAACAUUACCAUCUACGGCAAGACUUUCCGGAUAGUCGACUGCGAUGCGUUCACGCAGACAUUCCUGGAGAGCCAAGGGAUUGAACUGAACCCCCCGGAGACGAUGAUUUUCGACCCUUACACAGAGUUGCGCAAAAUGCCUCUGCGCAUGUACGUCACGCCCUCGGAUUUUGACCAGCUGAAACAAUUCCUGGCCUUUGACAAAAAGGUCCUCCGUUUCUACGCCAUAUGGGAUGACACCGUAAACAUGUUUGGCGAGAGCCGGCGUUUUAUCAUUCACUACUACUUGGCGGACGAUACUGUGGAAGUGCGGGAGUGCCACGAAAGGAAUAACGGCAGAGACCCUUUCCCCGUGCUGAUAAAGCGCCAACGCCUGCCCAAGAAAACCGUGGAGAAAACCGACACCUUCCCAACUUGUGUGCUGGAGAUCUCUGACCAGGAGGUCCUGGAAUGGUUUACCGCUAAAGAUUUCGCUGUAGGCAACUCCAUCACCCUUCUCGGGCGCUCUUUCUUCAUCUACGACUGCGACGAGUUCACGCGGCAGUUCUAUCGGGACAAGUUUGGCAUCGAUAACUUCCAGCCAGUCGAUGUAAAGACGCGGCCCCUGGAGGAAGUGACACAGGUCAUCCCUCCCUACAAUGGUUACGGCUUCAUUGAGGACUCUCUCCAGAACUGCUUCAGCCUGAUCCCGAAGCCUCCUAAGAAAGACAUCAUCAAGAUGCUAGAGAACGACCGUAAAGUGUUGCGCUACGCCGUCAUGAUGGAGUCUCCGAAUCCGGAGGACAGAAAGCGUCGCUUCGUCCUCUCCUAUUACCUCGCCACAGACAUGAUGAGCAUCUACGAGCCUCCCACGCGCAAUUCGGGAAUCAUCGCGGGCAAGUUCCUGGGCAAGACGCGAGUCUCCAAGCCCGGCUCCUCCCCAGACAGCCCCGUUUACUACGGGCCAACUGACCUCACUAUUGGGGCCAUGGUGGAAGUGUUUGGCCGCCGUUUUGUGAUCACCGACGCCGAUAUGUAUGUCCUGAACUACAUGGAAAGCAACUCGGGGAGUUUCCCAGCAGACGCCGUACAGGCGAUGAGGGCCCACUUCGCUCCUCGCCAGGCGGCAGCAGAGGCGGUAAAGAGGCUGGACCAAAGCGAGCCUGACCAGCAGGAACUGGAGGCGGCCGUGGCUGAGACGCAGGAGCACCUGCAGCGGCACAACUUCUUCCCGGACGGCGACAUGCAGGCGGCGUUUCUGCAGCGGGACAAAGACGGCACGGGACUCCUGGACAAGGCGGACUUCCUGGAGCUCUGCGACUGCUUUAAAGUCCCAGCCGACGACCCGCUUUUCCAGAAGCUCAUCGGCCUUUGUUCCCAUGGGGAGAAUCAGAUAAAAUAUCCCACCUUCCUCCGAGCAUUCCAGUGCUGA